AUGGCUCUGCUAGGGCAAAGUGAAGAACUGCAUGCGAAGAACAAGGAGGAGGAAGAUUUGAAGGAGCGAAGUACAAGAAAGAUCAAGGAUGGUGUGGAGGAUGUCUUGAUGAAAGAUGGAGAGUUAUCACAAAGGCAUGGGGGACAAGAGGAUGGGCAAGGUGUGGUGAAUAUUGUGUCGUAUAAGGACAUGGUCAUGGGGAAGAAUCUUGAGGAGUUGGAGGAUGAAGCUGAAACUGAUGGGGAAGAUGAGGAUCAAGAGAUGACAAUUAUGGGUAAGAAGAAUAUGAGAGUGGAGGAGCAUUUUGAUGGAAUGUAUCCAUGCCCUAAAUUCAUCUUUUCGGCGUAUGAGGAGAGUAAGAUACACAGGCCAUGGAAGAAAGGGAUCAUAGUCAAAUUAAUGGGCAGAAGAAUAGGCUAUAAGGUCCUCGAGACUCGUCUAAAGCAAUUGUGGGUUCGAAAAGGGAUCAUCAACAUCAUUGACUUGAGUAACGAUUAUUUCAUUGUGACUUUCACAAAUGAUGAUGAUAGAAAUGCAGCAAUUACUAAUGGGCCAUGGUUUAUAUAUGAUCACUACUUAACUGUCAAAGAAUGGAAACCAAAUUUUCAUCCUGAGAGUGAUUCUAUAGAGAAGGUUGCAGUCUGGGUUAGAAUCUCAGGAUUGCCGAUGGAGUAUUACGAUCCAAAAAUACUGACUUUCAUGGGGAACAGUCUGGGCAAAACAAUCAAGGUUGAUAAGAAUACUCUUAUGCAAGGGAGAGGAAAUUAUGCUCGAGUUUGUAUUGAAAUCGAUAUUUCCAAGCCUCUGCUUCCUCAUUUCAAAAUUAAUGAAAGGAAAUACCGCGUUGAAUAUGAAGGUUUACACCUUUUAUGCUUCAAGUGUGGGAGGUUUGGCCAUUACAAGGAAGGCUGCAGAGAGCAACAGUUGCAACCUGAUAACAACAAGCAUAGUGCUAUAUGUAUCAAUGCAUAA